UAUUCUGGGCAAUAUGGCGUCGGGGGAAAAUUCCCAGAAGCAAAAUGUCAUGCGAGACCUCCGUAUCCGUAAGCUGUGCUUAAACAUCUGUGUUGGUGAAAGUGGUGAUCGUCUGACAAGAGCUGCAAAGGUUCUUGAACAGCUGACCGGGCAGCAGCCAGUUUAUUCUAAAGCCCGCUACACUGUGCGUUCAUUUGGCAUUCGUCGUAAUGAGAAGAUUGCUGUACACUGCACUGUGCGAGGUGCCAAAGCUGAAGAAAUCCUAGAGAAGGGUUUGAAGGUUCGUGAAUAUGAGCUUUCAAAGGAUAACUUCUCUAAAACUGGAAACUUUGGUUUUGGAAUCCAAGAACAUAUUGAUCUUGGAAUUAAAUAUGACCCCAGUAUUGGGAUUUAUGGCAUGGAUUUCUAUGUAGUGCUGGGACGUCCUGGUUUCAGUGUUGCUGAACGAAAAAGGAAGCAAUCCAGAAUUGGUUACAAGCAUCUGAUAUCAAAGGAUGAAUCCAUGAAGUGGUUCCAACAGAAGUAUGACGGUAUAUUGUUGCCAUCAAAGAAGAAGAAGUGAUGUAGUGGUUUCCUUUUUUUUGUAAAUUCUUUGCCUUCAAAUCUGCCCAAUUAAAUGCUGGAUGAAUUA